AUGAACAUUGUCAAAGAUGGUUCAUUCCAACUAGUUCCAAUGGACGAUGGAACCCAAACACAGAGUGUAUUGUAUGGAGGUAUUGUCAACUCUGGAGUGAUACUACUUAGGAUGUCAGAUUUCUAUUUGGGGGAGAAGGGUCUAACUGUUGUUGGUGGUCAAGUUGGUCUAAUAAGUAGUCUAAUGAAGUUAGUCGAUAUCAAGGCUUCAACAUCAAUAUCCAAGAAUUCAAUCAUUGGUAUCUAUCAAUUCAGUUCAUGGCAAAUGUUCCAUCCUUUGAGUAUUAAUGAUACUUCAUCAAUUCAAAUAUUGGACUCUGAGUUUGUUUCAAAGGAAGGUGGUACUCUAUCAAUGUCUGGAAAGGCUGAGAUGGAAGUACUUGGUAACAGUACUUUGGUUGUGUAUCAAUCUGCUCUAAGUAUGAAGGACACUACCAAGAUGACAUUUGAAUCACCACUCCAAUUCAACAUCACCCAUGUACCAGACAAUUAUAACAUGAUUGUUGAUUCAGAUGUAUCCAUCUCCAUGGAUGCCACUAUGUAUCUCAAUCACAGCUUCAUUUUCCUGGCGGCAAAGACCUUUAGUCUCAUUAUAUUGUUGUCAUCUGCAAACAAUGUUGUUGGUGGUGAUGCUACUAUAUUCAUUUAUAACUCAACAUUGGGUAUCCUUUCAGAUCCAGCUACACUUAUCCAAAAGGGUAACUCAAGGUUGGUCAUCUUUGGAUACUCUACAUUCUUGGUAACAGGAAUCUAUAUUGUACAAGAUACUGUCAAGGUCAGUGGUACCGACUUGGCAGCUAUAGAUGUUGUUGGAACAUAUAUUCAAAAGGGUAAAUCACAACUUGUUAUGAACAAUGGUGACUUUACAAUGUUGAGAGGCAACGUAACAUUUGGAGAUCAAUCAACUGCAACAUUCUACAAUGGAUCAAAUUUGAAUGUUAAUGGAACAUUGUUGUUUGCCAAUCAAUCGAUUCUCACUAUGUUGGACUCCGAGAUCCAGUUGCCAGGUGACAUCACAAUCCAAUCGACCGUCAACAUCACCAAGACCCUCAUCACAAUCCAGGGUACCUUCACUUCAAAUGGCAACACUACUUGUAAGGGAUGCAACAUUGAGUUGUGGGGUGGUUCCUUCAACUCCUUUGGUAAUGGAACAUACUCCAACUCAAAGAUCAAUGUAACUGGAAAUGCCAAUUUUGGAGGAUCAUUCAUUGGUUCAUCAAACAACAUAUCAGUGAAUGAGGGCAAUCUGUCGGUAUUCAAGGGUAGCUCAUUCAAUUGUGCCAACUGUAACAUUACAAUAGAGAAGGGACACUUUGUUUAUGACACCAACUCUGUUAUAAUCUUGACCAACUCAUCAUUAUCAAACAUUAAUGGAAAUGUGUUGUCAAAUGGUGAUGUCUUGGUAUAUCCAGGAAGUGCCAUUAGUAAUAAUGGAGUGUUCAGUCUCAAUGCCAACAUACUCAAGUCAGCCAACGUCUCCAACAAUGUAGUAUUCUCCAACACAGGCAACUUUACAACUUCCAACAUCACAACGAAACUACAACAGAUCAUGAUACCAAUGACCAACUCUGGUCAGGUCAGUGUCAGCAGUGUACUUGGUGUCGUUGAGUUUAAGCAAUUGGGAGGCAACUUGAACAUCACCAAUGGAGUCAUUCAAUCAUAUCAACCGGUUGUUGUUAAAGGAGGAUAUGUCAAUGGUCGCAAUGGUAACAUCAAUGCAUCACUUGAGAACUCAGGCACACUUGGUCUAGACCCAUCAAUCUACAAUACCAUCCAACUUGCCAUCCAAGGUAACCUAACCCAAAUCAAUGGAUCAAUCAUAAUCAUCAUCAACAGUCUUGAUGACUUCUCCCAGAUUAAUGUAACAGAGAUAGCAUCAUUUGAUGGUGAAAUAAUCAUUAAGAUUAAUGAGAACUUCACUCCAAGUGAUAAUACUUCGGUCAAUAUAGUAAACUUUGGAAGUACACAGGGUAACUUUACUAAUGUGAAGGUCAAGUCAUUCGACCCCAACACCAAGAAGGAGUCAGACCCUUCAUGUAACUACCAGGUUGGCCAUGGUCAGAAGUCUCUGUCUGUCCUGGUGUCGGCUGGUUGUGGUGGCAGCUCCAAGAACGAGAGAUUCCUAUCAAUUGGUGCCAUUGUUGGAAUUGUCAUUGCCGCCGCCGUUGUGGCCAUUGUCGUUAUCUCAUUGAUUGUACUCCGUACCCAGAUUCGCCAUUCCUACAAACUCAAGUCCGGAAUUUUCAAACUGAGAAGUAUUAGAGGAGACUAG